AUGCUAGAAACCGAAGAUUACAUGCUGCAUCUCAAGAUUCGAAUCCGGAACCUGGAGGCACAACUGAGAAAACAGACCAAAGACCAUUUACCGCCACCAUUGCUCAAUCCCGUAGAUUUGUCGCAAUAUGAGCAGCCUAGGAACAGUACGAACAGUGCAACCACCGCAGAUCGUUCAGGAAAUACAACCGACAGCACUUCCGGCAGAGAAGUAAGUAACAUUUCUAUACAAUCAAACCAGUCUUCACAGUUUCAUAAAUUACCAAAACUGACACUCCCAAUAUUUACCGGAAAUAUCUUGGAAUGGCAGACAUUUUGGGAUUCGUUCGAAUCGAGUAUUCAUAACAACGAAUCAUUAUCAGACGUCCAGAAAUUCAGCUACCUUAGGUCCUUAUUAUCAGAUGAUGCAGCCAGAGUGAUCGAGGGAUUCCAGCUGACCCAUUCUAACUACAUGCAAGCAAUUGAAUUGUUGCGUGAACGUUUCGGACAGGAACACAAAAUCGUAAAUGCAUACAUGUAA